AUGCCCGACAUCGAUCCCGCGGCGCUGAGUCGCCCAUCGAAUAUUUCAACCCCGCUGCUAUCAACAAAAUCUCUAUCAAGUUUUGGAAGCGCACAAAAGGCCAAGUCUAGCCAGAUUCCUGGGCGAAUCGACCUUGAGCCUCUCUACAGCGAACUGAAGCAAGCCAUCGGCGCCGAGCACUGGCAAAUAUACAAGGAAGCCACAACAGAGUUCUUCAUCGGUAGCCUUAAUCAGAAUGAGUACUCGGAACGAAUCGACCCGAUCAUCGCCGGACAAAAUGGAGAGAAGGACCAUUUACACAACCAACUCAUCGCUGCCAUUUAUGGCAACGUCACGAGGGAAAUGCCUGACCAAGGCCUGGCACCCUGGGUCAGCUCUAAUGAUAAGCCGACUGCCAGCGCCAGCAAGACCGUCACCGGCGAUGCCGCAGAGCGCCGUUUAAAGGGCGAUGUUAUGCAGCUGCCCGCGAGAGAUAGACGGCGCAUCAAAGAUUUGACGCACAACGAGUUCGAUAUCAACGAAAACCUCUCAAGCAUAUUCACGGAAUCCCGGCGCAAGACACCACAAGAUGCAUCAUCAAGUGCUCCUGGUGGUAUUAACAAUAUGAAUUUUGAACUAGAGAUUCGAAAACGAUUUACGCAACCGCUCGCUAUAGAGUCUGGCGAAUUCCCCGAUGUCGGCGUCAUUACCAGCCGCAUGCUUCCCUUUUGCUACGAAGCCGGCCUUCCGAGCGGCCAUUCUGCAGAAGCACCCCAAUUAAUGUCAAUCGCCACAGACGCGUUUAUCAAGGAGAUGCUCACGCAGGUAUUUGCUCGCACAAGAAGCAAUGGCCCCGGAGAUUCAGGGAGUGCCGGCUACGGAGUGGGCACGCAAUGGAUACAAACUCACAACUAUAAGCGCCAGCUACAUCUCGAAGAGGAGGCUGCGCACCGCGGAGAGCUUUCACGCGACAAGGCUGGCUUUCUGCCUGUAGAAGCGCGAGCCGCGGGAGAGCAAGGCCCGUUGUGCAUGGCAGAUGUCCGUGUCGCUUUGGAGAUUGCAGACUCUAGCAUGUCCCAAUUUCCCAUCCUCAUGCGCCAGAUAUUGUGUGGAUAUCGCGAAGGCGAACUAGAAAACUGGAAUGAUCAUGCCUGGAUCGAUGGCUAUGAACCAGGCCAUGUGGACGAGUUGACAAAUGGCUACGACUCAUCUGUACUUGUCAACGGAAUGGACCCCAUGGAUAUCGACAUGGAAAUCGGCUGGGAAGGUGCAGAAGACAGUGACACGGACAUGCUCGAUGGCAUGCUCGAUGGAUGCUUGGCCGUCGGGUCAUAG